CUAUCAGAUAAAUUGGCCGAGAAGUUACUGGACUAGAUAGAUGAUACUGUUAUCUCCCCACUCAUAGUCGAUAACAGAAAAUAUUUUGUGGAGAAAUCCUGGCUAUUGUUAAUGUUAGUUGACCUCAACCUCUCGAAAAGAAACAUUCCACACAGCUUUAGAAUUCCACAGACAUGCAAGGGUCUUUAGUUUUAGAUGAUGGAACUGUUUAUAAAGGGACCAUAUUUGGUGCUGAAAAGCCUGUUUCUGGAGAAAUUGUAUUCCAGACAGGAAUGGUUGGAUACCCAGAAUCUUUGACAGAUCCUUCCUAUCAUGCACAAAUUUUAGUCUUGACUUAUCCUUUGAUUGGAAAUUAUGGUAUUGGACCAGAAGAAAGAGAUGAACAUGGUAUAUUGAAAUGGUUUGAAUCAGAGAAAGUUUGGGCUGCUGGAUUAGUUGUUGGAGAAUUGAGUGAAAAACACAGUCACUGGAGUGCUUCAGAAUCUUUAAAUGAUUGGUUGAAAAGAAAUGGUGUACCAGGAAUUCAAGGUAUUGAUACACGUGACUUAACUAAGAGAAUACGCAGUAAGAAAAAUGGAUGCUUAGGGAAGAUUAUUUUAGAUGAUAAGCCAUUUGAUUUCGUUGAUCCAAAUACCAGAAAUCUGGUUGCAGAAGUAUCAAUUAAGCAACCAAAAAUAUAUAACCCUGGUGGAUCACCAAAAGUACUCUUUGUUGACUGUGGGAUGAAAAAUAAUCAGUUGCGAUGUUUAUUACAAAGGGGUGCUGCUGUUCAAGUUGUACCAUGGGAUCAUCCUCUGCAACUUGACAAUUUUGAUGGUUUGUUUCUGAGCAAUGGUCCUGGAGAUCCUAGUAUGUGCAACUCAACUGUCCAGAACAUCAAGAAAUUGCUUAUUCCUGGGAGUAAACCAAUAUUUGGCAUUUGCUUAGGACAUCAACUUUUAUCCAUUGCAGCUGGUGCCAAAACUUAUAAGCUGGAGUAUGGUAAUAGAGGCCAUAAUCAACCUUGUAUUUUGCUGGACACUAAACGUUGUUGCAUAACUUCUCAAAAUCAUGGAUUUGCAGUUGAUGCUAGUUCAUUGACACAAGAUUGGCUUCCUUUAUUUACAAAUGCAAAUGAUAAAACAAAUGAAGGAGUUUAUCAUAAAAAAUUACCAUUUUUUAGUGUGCAAUUUCAUCCGGAGCAUUGUGCUGGUCCUCAAGAUUUAGAGUUUUUAUUUGACCUCUUUGUUGAUCUUAUGCUAGAUCAUAAAAGAAAUGUGAAAGGACUAAGAAUAGACGACAGAAUUAAAAUGUUCUAUCAGAAUCAGACCAUGCUGAUGGAAGAAUAUGAUCCCUUUAUAUGCGAAGCAAAGCAGGGUGAUUUUAAAAGUCCUGGUAAAAGGAAGAAAGUGAUUAUUCUUGGAUCAGGUGGUCUCUCAAUUGGGCAAGCUGGAGAAUUCGAUUAUUCAGGCUCACAGGCAAUAAAAGCUUUAAAAGAAGAAAAUAUCUUAAGUGUCCUUAUUAAUCCAAAUAUUGCUACUGUUCAAACAUCUCCUGGGUUAGCAGAUAAAGUCUAUUUCCUACCAAUUACUAGUCAUUAUGUUACUGAAGUUAUAAAAUCAGAACGACCAGAUGGAAUUUUGUUGACAUUUGGUGGUCAAACGGCUUUAAACUGUGGCAUAGAGCUUCAAAGGCUUGGCAUUCUAAAAAAGUAUAAUGUCAAAGUUUUAGGCACUCCUAUUUCAUCAAUUGUCAACACAGAAGAUCGAAAAUUGUUUAAUGAACAGCUUGUUUCUAUUGGAGAGAAAGUUAUACCUAAUGCAGCUUGUACUAAUGUUGAAGAGGCUGUUAAGUCUGCCAAAGAGAUUGGCUAUCCAGUUCUAAUACGGACAGCUUAUGCACUUGGAGGUCUUGGCUCUGGCUUUGCACACACAGAAGAUAAAUUAAGGCAAUUAGUGACUCAAGCUCUUGCACGAUCUCCUCAAGUUUUGAUUGAUAAAUCUCUUAAAGGUUGGAAAGAAGUAGAGUAUGAAGUAGUAAGAGAUAUGUAUGAUAACUGUAUAACAGUUUGUAACAUGGAGAAUGUUGAUCCUCUUGGUAUUCACACUGGUGAAUCUAUUGUUGUUGCUCCUAGCCAAACAUUGACCAAUGAUGAAUACAACAAAUUGAGAACUACUGCCAUCAAAGUAGUUAGACAUUUUGGUAUUGUUGGUGAAUGCAACAUUCAGUACGCUCUCAAUCCACACCUUCAGCAGUAUUACAUUGUUGAAGUUAAUGCUCGUUUGUCACGAAGUUCUGCCUUAGCAAGUAAAGCUACUGGAUAUCCAUUAGCCUUCUUUGCAGCCAAGCUGGCACUUGGAAAAUCUUUGCUUGAUCUGAAGAAUUCUGUAACUUUGACGACUGCUUGCUUUGAGCCAAGUUUGGAUUACUGUGUUGUUAAAAUUCCUCGCUGGGAUUUAGGAAAAUUUCCUCAUGUUAGCACUAAAAUUGGUAGUUCAAUGAAAAGUGUUGGAGAAGUUAUGGCUAUUGGUCGUAAAUUUGAAGAAGCUUUCCAAAAAGCGUUAAGAAUGGUUGAUGAGAACUUUAUUGGCUUUGAUCCAUACUUUAGAAAAGUCAACGAAGAGGAAUUAGAAUAUCCUACUGACAAACGUAUAUUCGUUGUUGCUGCCGCUCUAAAGAAUAAUUAUUCUGUGGAGAGACUUCAUGAAUUAACUAAUAUAGAUUCUUGGUUUUUAUAUAAAAUGAAAAACAUUAUUGAAUACCAAGUUUAUUUGGAAACUCUUGGUGAACAAGUUCAAGCAAAAGGUGUGACAGUUGUCACUAGUGAUGUGAUGUUGAAAGCUAAACAACUAGGCUUUUCUGAUAAACAUAUUGCCAUGUGUGUAAAAAGUUCAGAAUAUAAUAUCAGAAAGCACAGAGAGAAUGCUUUGAGCAUCAAACCUUUUGUGAAACAGAUUGAUACAGUAGCUGCUGAAUGGCCUGCCACUAUGAACUAUUUAUAUUUAACGUAUAAUGGUGAAUCUCAUGAUAUUGAUUUUCCUGGUGAAAGUAUUAUGGUUUUGGGAUCUGGUGUUUAUAGAAUCGGUAGCUCUGUAGAGUUUGAUUGGUGUGCAGUCAAUUGUGUUGAGGAACUGAGAAAGAUGAAUAAGAAAACAAUUAUGGUAAACUACAAUCCUGAAACUGUGAGUACAGAUUAUGACAAAUGUGAUAGACUGUAUUUUGAUGAAAUUUCAUUUGAGGUUGUCAUGGAUAUAUAUAACUUAGAAAAUCCAGAAGGUAUAAUAUUAAGCAUGGGUGGACAGUCUCCAAACAACAUAUCUAUGGACUUAUCACGUCAUAAUGCUAAAAUAUUGGGUACGUCUCCAGAGUCCAUUGAUAAUGCUGAAAAUCGCUUCAAAUUUUCAAGAAUGUUAGAUCAAAUUGGUAUAUCACAGCCCCAGUGGAGAGAAUUGACUACCUUGGAGGCUUCCAAGGAAUUUUGUGAUCAAGUUGGAUAUCCUUGUCUAGUACGACCUUCAUACGUUUUGAGUGGUGCUGCGAUGAAUGUUGCUUAUAGUCAUGAAGAUUUAGAAACAUAUCUACAUGAGGCUUCUGCUAUUGGAACAGCUGUUGUAAUAUCAAAGUUUGUUACUGAUGCCAAAGAAAUUGAUGUUGAUGCUGUUGCUGACAAUGGGCAGUUAAUUUGCAUGGCUGUUUCUGAACAUGUAGAAAAUGCUGGUGUCCAUUCUGGAGAUGCGACUCUAGUUUGUCCACCUCAGGAUCUUAAUGAAGAGACUUUAGAAAAGAUUAGGGACAUCUGUUUUUCUAUUGGAAGGGCAUUAGAAGCUAAUGGACCAUACAAUAUACAAUUAAUUGCUAAGGAUAAUCAACUAAAAGUUAUUGAAUGCAAUCUACGAGUGUCACGGUCAUUUCCAUUUGUAUCAAAGACUUUGAAUUGUGAUUUUAUUGCAAAAGCCACUCAAGUUAUUAUGGGAUUAAAACCUGAACCUUUUAUUGGUCUUGCUUGUGAUCGUGUGGGUGUUAAAGUGCCACAGUUUUCAUUUUCACGUCUGGAUGGAGCUGAUGUAACUUUAGGUGUUGAGAUGGCUAGUACUGGAGAAGUAGCAUGUUUUGGAAACAAUGUCUAUGAAGCUUAUUUGAAAUCUCUUAUUAGUACUGGUUUCCACAUUCCACGACGAUCAGUUUUACUUUCUAUUGGCAGUUACAGUCAUAAAGAAGAAUUACUACCAUAUGUAAAAAUACUUCAGAGUAUGUCUCUAAAACUUUAUGCUAGCACUGGAACUGCAGACUAUUAUUCAACUAAAGGAAUUUCUAUUGAAGCAGUUGAUUGGCCAUAUGAUAACAAAAGAGAUUGCAGGAGCAACUCUAAGUGUAUCAUCGAUUAUCUUGCUCAAAAGGAAUUUGAUUUUGUUAUCAAUCUUCCCAUGCACAGUGGUGGAUAUACUCGUGCAUCUCAUGGAUAUCAGACCAGAAGGAUGGCUGUGAAUUAUGCUAUUCCGUUAAUUACAGAUAUAAAGUGUGCCAAACUCCUUAUUACAUCUUUACAUAGGAUUAAAGGGCAACCACCUGUGAAACCAUACAUAGAUUGUCUAACAGCUAGUCGAAUGAUUACAUUACCUGGACUUAUUGAUGUUCAUGUUCAUCUGAGAGAUCCUGGUGCUACUCAUAAAGAAGACUUUGCAACUGGAACAGCUGCUGCUCUUGCUGGUGGUGUUACUUUAGUGUGUGUGAUGCCUAAUACUAAUCCUCCUGUUACUGAUAAAGAAAGUUUAAGCCUAGCUCUUCAGAGAGCUAAAGCUGGUGCAAAGUGUGAUUAUGCAUUAUUUGCUGGUGCUACAUCUGACAAUGCUGAUAUGUUACAAAGUAUGUCCUCUACAGUUGUUGGUCUUAAGAUGUAUUUAAAUUCUACUUAUGGGCCUUUGAGACUACCUUCUGUUAUAGACAUUAGAAAGCACUUUGAACGUUGUCCUCGAGAAUUGCCAAUCUGUGCACAUGCUGAAGGUGCUACAGUUUCUACAGCAAUAUUCUAUGCUUCAGUCACUGGCAGGCAUAUUCAUAUUUGUCAUGUAUCCACAAAAGAAGAGAUCCUCAUUAUUAAAGAUGCAAAAGAAAGUGGCAUAAAUGUUACUUGUGAAGUUUGUCCUCAUCAUUUGUUCUUAAGCAUAGACGAUUAUAAUACUAUCGGUGAAUUACAGUGCCGUGUUAGACCUCCAUUGGCAACAGUUGAAGAUCAAGCUGCAUUAUGGGAAAAUCUGAACAUUAUUGAUUGUUUUGCUACAGAUCAUGCCCCUCAUACACCCGAAGAAAAAUCAAAACCUGAUGCGUCUCCUGGUUUCCCAGGACUUGAAACAAUGUUGCCAUUGCUAUUGACUGCUGUUAAUGAUGGAAAACUGACAUUACAGGAUUUGGAAAAUAAAUUAUACCAUAAUCCACGAAGAAUAUUUAACCUUCCUGAGCAAAAGGAUACAUACAUUGAAAUAAAUCUUGAUGAAGAAUGGAUAAUUCCUAAUGAAACUACAUUCUGUAAAUCUCGUUGGACACCUUUUGCCGGUCGUAAAGUAAAAGGUCAAGUACGACGAGUGGUAUUAAGAGGAGAUGUUGCUUUUGUUGAUGGACAAGUAUUAGUCGAACCUGGCUUUGGUCAAAAUAUUAUAAAUUUUAGAUCUGAUUCCGAUGCCAAAUUUAAGUCACCAGCUCAGUUUAGAAGUGUGUCACCAGCUGUACCUCAUACUCCCCCAUUGGCUUCACCUGCUGGUGGAAGAAUUACUCCUGCCCUUCUUGUUUCCGAUCAGCAUCAAAUUCCACCUUCAAACUUUGAUGCUGUGUCACCAAUAGCUCCCACAGCUGGACUUUUUUGGUCUCCAAAAAAAGUAGUUCAUAGUUCUAAUAAAGUAACUGGAUUAGCUAAAUCUUAUCAAGGAAGCAUGGAUUCUUCUAAAGUGCCUAACCAAGUCUUGUAUGGUGGUGGUUUUCAAAAUGUUGGAAACAAAUUGCAAUCCCAAUCUAUGCAAGAUAUGUUAUCAGACAUAUCAAAGCAACUAGUGAAAGAUAUUGAUGAACCAAUUAUUAUUCCAAAACAAAAACUUGUUGAUCCUCAUAUUGAUUCAAAGGGACCAUUGAUAUAUACACCAGGUGGAGCAAUGGAUCAAAAUAAACCCUUUGUCUAUGAAUUGCGAGGGAAAAGCAUUCUAAAAGUAGAUAAAUUUUCACGCUACCAGCUCCAUAAAUUGUUUGAAGUUGCAAAACAAUAUAAAAAUCUUUUGAAAAAAGGUCCACUAGAUAUCUUAAAAGGUAAAGUGAUGGUAAAUGUGUUUUAUGAAGUGAGCACUCGAACUAGAGUUUCGUUUGCUGCUGCAAUGCAAAGGCUUGGAGGCACAGUUAUUGAUGUAAAUGAAAGCUUUUCUUCUGUUAAAAAGGGAGAAAGUUUAGAAGAUACUAUUGCAGUGUUAUCCAGCUACAGUGAUGUUGUAGUUUUAAGACAUCCAGAAGUAGGAGCAGCCCAACGAGCUGCAACUGCAUCUUCUCGUCCUAUUAUUAACGGUGGGGAUGGAACUGGUGAACAUCCAACUCAAGCACUUUUAGAUGUCUUCACCAUCAGGGAAGAACUUGGAUCUGUCAACAGAUUGACAAUUACAUUUGUUGGAGAUCUUAAACAUGGUCGAACUGCUCACUCUCUGGCUUGCUUGUUGACAAAUUAUGAUGUACGCUUGCGUUAUGUAUCACCUCCUGAAUUGGGAAUGCCAAAGUCUGUCUUAGAGUUUAUUCAAUCUAAAAAUAUUAACCAGGAAGAAUACUCUAGCUUAGAAGACAUUUUACCUCAAACUGAUGUUUUAUAUGUGACAAGAAUCCAGAAAGAGCGAUUUGCAUCAGAAGAUGAAUAUAAAAAGGCUUGUGGACAUUUUGUAAUUACUCCUGUUUUAAUGACAAAAGCUAAAAAGCGAAUGAUAGUUAUGCACCCUCUACCUCGGGUGGAUGAGAUAAGCUCUGAUUUCGACUCUGACCCUCGGGCCGUAUAUUUCCGACAAGCUCAAUAUGGCAUGUAUGUUCGCAUGGCUCUUCUUGCAUCUGUGAUUGGCCAGUAAAAUGCUUUAUUAAUCAUUCAAAAUGUUCAUGUGCCUUCCUAAUGGAUUUAUGAUUACUCUUAUAUUAGUUUUCAUUUAAGGUGAAGGGAUAUGUAUUUGAAGUUUUUGGAUUUUAAUUAAACAAAUAUAUUCUCUAAGCUUCAAAUUAUGAAUCAAAAUGUAAAUCUAUGAACACUUGUUCUUGAUGAAUCUCAUCACAAUAUAGGAAUCGAAUUCAAUAGAAAUAUGAAUAGUCUUCCAUCACAAAAUUUUAUCAUUUAAAAUUUUGAGUCAAGCUGAUAUUUUAAAUGAGUCUAAACUAAUUUAAAAACUGUAUUUAAUACUGACAUUUAUGUGCAUUUAUAUUUUUCUUUUGUAUUGUUUUAUUCAUGAAAUAUUUUAAUAAAUCGACAGCUGUUCAACACAUUUUUUAAAUUGUAUUAAAUUAAAAUCAUUAUUUUACUCAAUCAUAAAAUAGUCAUGCUGAAGUAUGUUUUGUGCAAUUUUUUAUUAAUUUUUUUUAAAAGUUGUGCCAAUAUUAUUUGCAAUGUAUGUUAUUUUUAUUGCAUUGAAUAUUUUUUAUUAUUAAUUUUAAAAUCCAUUUGCUUCUUGUGAUAUAAAAUAAAUGAAAUUAUUUGUUAUAAUUUUCAAUUGUUUGUUAUUAAUUAUGGUGCUUAUUAUUAUGCCGACUUUUGCUAAGUUGUUAAAUAGUAUCAACUGAGCUUGUCCUUUUUUAAUUUUUCUUAUUUUGAUAGAUGUGUGUUUGCAUAAAUGCAAUUUAAUGAAUGUGAAAGAUUUUAAUGUUACAAGUCUGUGAUAUUAGAUUGAUAUGGUUAGUAUAUUUUCUGCAACAAAUGUUACUAACAGUAAUUAAAAUCUUUUAUAUUUAGUAUUCAAUCAUGAGCAUUAAUUUGAGAUCAAUUGCAAAAGAAUAUUUAUGUUUUUAGAGUUUAAUAUUCGUUUCUAAAUGUCAUGACAGUCAGAUUCAAGCUGUAAAUCUGCAACCAUUUUAUGUUCCUUCUUUAAUCACCAGUUUUUAAUAAUAUUACUUUGUAUAUUUGUUGAUUGAAAAAUGCUCUAUUUUGUCACAGCUGGUAAAAUAAAAUUCUGAAUUUUUCAA